AUGAAUAAUUAGUCAUUAGCUAAAAGUGCAGUAGAGAGAUUAAAUCAAAGCAAUUUUUAGGCAUAAUAACCUUAUGAAUUUGAGAGCAAAUAUCAAUAGGAUUAAAAGGAAUUACCAAAUCCUACAAAAUUUGAUUUAGAUGUUAUGCUUAAAUUUUUAGAUGAAGUAGAUUCAAGUGUCAAGUAAACACAUGAAUUUAAGACUAUAAUUCAAAAGUACAAAUUGUCAACAUCCAAAUUUUGUUUAACUAUGGAGUAUUAUUUUGAUCAAAUAUAAUAGAAAUGAUUAUCUGAAUAAUUUACCAAAUGAAAAGAAAAUAUAAAUUUAUAGAGAUGUAAAGUAUCGAUUCUUAUUAAAGAGAUUUCACGAAUAUAUGAUCAUUAAGAAGAAGCAAUAGAGUUAAAGGAUAAAGUUCGAAAGAUUAUUACAUAUAAAUUAGAAGAUAUGAGGAGAAAUACAGUAUUUAAUAAUAUAAUAUAAAAAGAGAGAAUCUAAAUGGGGAUUAACAUUGAACUUACUGCAAUUAUUAUUAAAUAAGAAUAAGGGAAAUAGAGAUAUUUUUGAUUUAUUUUAAAAGAAAUUAUUGCCACCUGAUGUAAGAUAAUUAGUGUGGAAAAUGUGUUUAGAAAAUAAAUAAAUAAGUGAUGAAUAUAGUCGUCUAUUAGGAAAAGCAAGAAUGUUAACAAUGUCAAGAUUUGAUGUAUAAAUUAUUAAAGACACUGAAUAAAUAGUAAAAUAAAUGACAAAACCAGAUCAAUUUGAUGGAAAUAUGAUUUUUGCAAUGAAAACUAUUUUAAGUUAUUACGAAUUAAAAUAAGAUAGAAUUCUUACAGAUUAUUUAUACUUAAUUUGUAUACCACUUGUUUAUGUUUUUGGAACAAGUAAACAUCUAUUAAAAAUACCAACUGAAUUGAUUGGAUAUUUUUAUUCAUUAUAAUUGAUAGUUCAAUUCUUUGAUCCAUUAGUUGAUUUGAUUGUUAGACAUGAUGAAAAAUAUGAAUCAGAAAUGACUGAUUUAUUUAUGAAUAGUGUUAAUGUUUUAGAUGAAGAAUUAGCUUUAAAAUUUCAAAGUGUUCUUAAUUUAAAGAGUCCAACUUAAAGAUAAAUGUUAGUAAUAAUUAUAAAGAGAUUUGUACAUUCACUUGGAUUUGCAUUUUUACCUUUAGAUGUAACUUUGUUUAAUAUAGAUUAAAUGAUAAUGAAGGUAGUCAAGAAUAAAUUAGAAAUAUUUAUUAAUAUGGGAAUAAUGUGCUUUUGUAUAAGAAAAGAUAUUUUAAUUUGCAAAACUUGGGAUUAAGUUGUUGAUGUAUUUUAUACUAAAGCAAAAUUGAUUACAUUAUAAUAAUAUCAUGAAUAUUAUUAAGAUGUAUACAAGAAUGUUAAAUUUUAUGUAUCACCCUAUGAUGUAGAUCCAUUUAAAGUAAAUAGAAAUGCAGAAUUUGCAACAGGUAUUUUAUUUAAUUUAUUAUUAAUUAGAUCCUUUAGCAGAAAUUAUUGAAAAAUAAUAAGAUAAAGAUAUUAAUGCAUUUAAAAAGAAAUGGUUUGAAGGUAAAGAAUUAUAUGAAGAUGAUGAUCCUAAUAUGGCUAGAUAUUAAUAAUAAUAAUAAUUACCAAAUAAGGAUAAAGCAAUUAAAGAUAUGAAGAUGUAAGAUGCAAUGAAAAAUGUGUAAAUGCAACAAAAACCAACAUAGAAAUUAGGGAUGGUACCUGUUUAAGAUUCAGAUGAAGAAGAUGAUCUAUUUGAUGGUAUGGAUGAUUAAUGA